UGGACUUGUCCAAAUCAAUUGGGCCAUAAAAUUUAGCCAAAAUAUAAAAAAUAAAGCCCAAUUAAAAAAAAAUUAGCAUCUUACAUUUCUACCUGAAAAAAAACAUAUAGAGUAGGAAGGAGGGAACAACCACCGAAAUAAUUUCUUCGAAAUUGAAGAUCUUACAAAUCCAAUCGAUCCACAACGAAGAAAAUUGCAAGAGUAGAAUUCAAUCAGCACCAGAAGAGGAAAUUUGACGAAGAAGAAGAUGCUGCCUACUUCUUCAUCAGCUAAGGCCCGUUCGGGCUCACACACCCGGCCCAAUUCUUUCCUCCCUCAUUACCUCCGCAGAAUAGUCAAGUGGCAACAAAUGGACAUCGAAUAUACUUUCUGGCAAAUGCUUAACCUAUGCACGUCGCCGAAAGUUGUAUAUCAGCACACCAAGUAUCACAAGCAAACAAAGAACCAAUGGGCACGUGACGAUCCUGCAUUUGUUGUCAUAUGUAGUCUUCUUUUAAUAGUUUCUACAAUUGCUUAUUGUGCUGCGUACGAUCAUGGAGCAGGACAUGCAAUUUUCGUAGUUAUUUCAGUGUUGCUCUUCCAUUUCCUCUUAAUAGGUGCAAUUUUGGCUACCUGUUGCUGGUUCUUCACUAACAAUUAUCUUCGAGAAGAAGCUCCAAACAGCCAUGUAGUCGAGCAACGGGUCGAAUGGUUGUAUGCAUUUGAUGUACACUGCAACUCUUUCUUCCCUAUGUUUGUGCUGCUUUACGUGAUUCAUUAUUUUUUAUCACCUCUGCUGGUGGCUCAUGGUUUUGUUCCUGUACUACUAUCAAAUUUGCUCUUCAUGGCAGCUGUUUCCUACUACCAUUACCUAAAUUACUUGGGCUACGAUGUAUUGCCCUUCUUGGAGAGGACCACUUUGUUCCUGUAUCCAAUUGGUGUUGUCCUUGUUCUUUCCCCUAUAUUAAUUCUGAGUGGCUUCAGUCCCUCGAGAUAUUUUAUGAACAUGUAUUUUAGUCAAUCGCUAUAGAUGCCAGCUGGACGACACCUCAUCACAUCCCAAGAAGAAGAUGUCGGUGAACAACGAUGAAAAAGUUGAUGCCGAUCUUCGUACUGCAUUGAUUGAGGAGUAUGAUUUUUGCCUUGAGGAAAACUUCAGUUGGUAUAAUUGAACGGAAAGUAGUCAAGUAGUGUAGCAAUUCGUGUAAUGUUUUUUUGCUUCAUGAUUAUCGAUCAAUCUCGCCUUUAUAACCAGAAAAUACACUGAAGUUGCUUGAAAGAACUACUCACCUCAAUUAUCAUUUGCCUCCCUAUAGUGAAUGUUCAUAAUAGAGGACACACUUGCAUUUUUUUUUUUUUUUUUUUAAUUAUUACCUAUGUUUCUUGAUUUUGUUAUCGGAUAAAAACUGAUUAGUCGGGGGAUUUUUGAAAAAAAUCGGUAUCGGAUAUUAAGUACAUAGAUUUUGAUUCGUUUA